AGGAGCGAACUAUCUCCGGGAGAUGGCAGUAGUGCGGCGCUGAGGCUGCCAGCUGCUGUUGAGCCUCAAAGAAGGGGAAGAAGAGAAGGAGGAAACAGAAGAAGUUGUGUUCGUGUUGUUAAUCAUGCCGCUACCUGGUUGAUAGUUGAUUGCCCUGCCGGACGUUCGCAACCUCACCGCGCAGGAGUAGUGGGAGCUGAAAGACAAGUUGAGCAGGACCAGCACCCUGGCACGGCAGCGGUAACCUAACGAGGCUGUCCUCCUCGCAGGGCGUGUUUAAACCCGGACUGAAGUCAUAUAACAUUUACUACAUGUCCAAUACAAAGUCCAAAGAUAUCCAACUUGCUGUCACAUAAAACAAAGAAGUGCAGCGAAUCUUCACAAUUGAGAAGUUGAAAUGUCUGCUGCCAAAAUGUUGGCUGAAGGAGGCUCCUUCAUGAAGGGGAUGGUCAUGGGAGGCCUCUUCUGCUUGGUGCUGUCGCUCCUGGGUAGUUUCAGCCCCAGCACAGAGUCUAGGACAGAUGAACACCAUCAUCAUCACGUCAAGGCCCCGAGUAAAGACGAGUUGAAACGACUCUCUGACAGUCAGGUGCAGGAGUUGAGCGAUCAAGUCAAAGUUUACUGCAUCAUUAUGGUACAGCCGAAGAUCCUUGUCUACUGGGCUACAGCUAUUGACACGUGGAGCAAACACUGUGACAAGGCUGUGUUUUACACCUCCGAGGCCUCUAAGGCGCUCGAGGCCAUAGACCUCAAUGAAAAAGAUGACUGGGCGAGGUUACGUAAAGCUCUGAAGCAUGCUUAUGAGAAUGCCGGAGACCUGCGCUGGUUCUUUGUGGCACAACCCACCACGUUUGCCAUCAUUGAGAACCUCAAAUACCUGGUGCUCGCAAAGGAUCCCAGUGAGCCCUUCUACCUGGGCAACGCUAUGAAGUCAGGGGAGCUUGAGUAUGUGGCGUACGAUAGUGGCAUUGUCCUAAGCUAUGAAGCUCUGAAAAGGCUGGUGCAUGUGUUCCAGGAUGAAGACAGAUGUCCAGAGAGAGGACGAGCCCUGUGGAAGCUGAGUGAGGACAAGCAGCUGGCCGUGUGUCUCAAAUAUACGGGUGUGUUUGCGGAAAACGGAGAAGAUGCACACGGAAAGGGCCUGUUCAACAGCAAGAGUGUCGACAGCCUGAUAACGGACAGCAUGAAGGACAACCCCACUGAUGUGGUGGAGGGCUGCUGCUCAGACAUGGCAGUAACAUUCAGUGGGAUGUCACCUAAUCAGAUGCAGGUUAUGAUGUUUGGAGUUUACAGACUCCGUCCUUACGGGCACGAUUUUCAUGACUCUUUAGUAUUUAGCCCUCCUGAAGGUUCAGACAAUGACUAGAGACUCAUACCUUCAAGAUGGAUGGGGCGUUUUUAAUUUUUUCCGUCUGUGAUGGCAAAACUAAGCUUUGGGAGAUGGUUUUCUUAUACUGUUUGUAAAACUUGAUCCUGGGUGGGAACAACACUUUUAUGUAUAUUUGUACCUUUUGCACUUGGCACAAUCAGCACCCCAUUUCUUUGUGGUGUAGGUAAACGGAAUUGAUGGGUGUCCCGUCCUUUGGAAUGAAGAUAGAACUGGGAAAUAGAUAAAAGAAAACUCGUGACUUGAAACAAGAUUAUCUGGAAGUUUUGGUUCUUGUAAUGUUGUUAUGUAUCUUAAAUGUUUGUCUUUUUGUGGUCUUACAGUAGAAUUAGUUAUUUGAUAAAAUUCUGAAAUGAU